AUGGAACAACAUACCAUCAGCAAUGAAGAAAGAGAAGCUUUGGCCAAUGAAGCAGCUUGUAUCUUUAGGGUGCAUGAAGGAUUGCGUCAUGCAAAUGAAAAGGCAUACACACCUAAGCUAGUUUCAAUAGGGCCUUAUCACCAUGGUCAACCCAAACUACUUGCUAUGCAAAAACGUAAAGAACGUUAUUUGGAAUCGCUCCUUCAACGUAAUAGCAAUCAGAGUAAGGAUGAUUAUUUAGAUUCCAUGGACAAGUUAGAAGAAAGAGGUCGCAAGUAUUAUGCAGACUCAUUUGACCACCUCGACAGUCAUCAAUUUGUGAAAAUGAUGCUAUAUGAUGCUUGCUUUGUUAUUGAGUUUCUUCUUGAUAAUAAUAUGGAACGACAUACCAUCAGCAAUGAAGAAAGAGAAGCUUUGGCCGAUGAAGCAGCUUGUAUCUUUAGGGUGCAUGAAGGAUUGAGUCAUGCAAAUGAAAAGAGUAAGGAUGAUUAUUUAGAUUUCAUGAACAAGUUAGAAGAAAGAGCUCGCAAGUAUUAUGCAGACUUAUUUGACCACCUCGACAGUCAUCAAUUUGUGAAAAUGAUGCUAUAUGAUGAUUGCUUCGUUAUUGAGUUUCUUCUUGCUAUGUUUGAGUUUUGUGUUGUUGAGGAUAAACAUCAACAAUCACAUGUGGGUGAUGAAGUCAAAGUGUCAUGGAAGAGAAUACAGAUUGGCAAUGACUUGAUGUUACUUGAAAACCAACUUCCAUUCUUUGUUAUAUCUGAAUUUUAUGACAUGAGCUACGGCAUGAUAGUGACCCGAAAUCCAAACCAGAUUCAUCAUGAUCCCACCUCCACCCCCACCCUCACGAAGAUGGCAAUGUUACCUAUACUUGAGAAGCUACCAGGAGGGAUUGACUUUUCCAAAAUCGAUUUUGAAAAUACGUCCGUCUCUGAAGGCAAGCAUUUUCUUGACUUGGUGCAUAAUGUUUGUCUUCCCUCCUGCUCUAGAGAUGAGUUAAAUGACCACCAAAACAAGAAUCAGAGAACUUGCUUUAAUAUGCCGUGUGUGAUAGAGCUUAAGGACGCUGGUGUCAAGUUCGAGGCCAGAGAGGAGCGUAACCAAAGCAUGUUCGACAUACACUUCGAACAUGGUCAUUUUAAAAUACCAAAGUUUAAACUUAUCAACUCCAAAGAAGACGUGAGCCAACUUCGUCGCCAUGAAGUUCUUGACCACUGGCUUGGUGACGACGAAAAGGUAGCACUUAUGUUCAACAGCCUGGGUACAGGGGUGUUCGUUUCGGAGCAGUUCUACUAUGCUGAACAGCGCAGAAAAGUGAAUGCUCAUUGCAAGAGAUGGUGGAAUAGAUUGGUAGCUUCAUUGAAGCGUGAUUACUUCACAAAUAUAUGGGUCACUGUUGCCACUUUUGAAGCUGGUUUUCUCCUCCUCCUCACUCUCAUACAGAUUGUCAUUGCCCUUAUUAUGAUUAUUACUUCGCCCCCGUCCCGACACUGA